AGCAGAUGCUUUCUUAUCCACAUCACGACAUUGAGCAAGCAAACAACAACAGCAACAAAAACUCGACACAUACACUGUAACAGCGAUCUGUAUUUCCUUGACGGGCUCGGCGUGUCCUGAGAUGGAACAGGCCCGGUUCCGUUUGUCGAGCUUAGUGCUUCUCAUCCUUCUGCACGACGCUCAUGUAGCGUCCAAACAUCCGCUCGGCAGCGUGUAGCAACAACAUCACUCUUAGAAGGGAAGAGAUUAAAACCCUGUUUCUGGAUUACAUCGUUAUGUUGCACGUGAUAUGCUUUUUGAGGGACUUGGACGGAUUCCGGAUAAAUAACUAAAUCGAGAAAAAAAAAAGAAGCAACACAUCCAGCCAUUAAAUUGCAUCAAGUGGCUGAGAAGGUGGAGGGCCUGGGCCAGUUUGUCAUGAAGACCCGGAGAACUCUGAAGGGACAUGGGAACAAAGUUCUGUGCAUGGACUGGUGUAAGGACAAGAGGAGGAUCGUCAGCUCCUCGCAGGAUGGGAAAGUGAUCGUAUGGGACGCCUUCACUACCAACAAGGAGCACGCCGUGACGAUGCCGUGCACUUGGGUGAUGGCCUGCGCCUACGCCCCGUCUGGCUGCGCUGUCGCUUGUGGCGGCCUUGACAACAAAUGUUCGGUGUAUCCUCUUUCGCUGGACAAGAACGAGAACUUGGCCGCAAAGAAAAAGUCAGUGGCCAUGCACACAAACUACUUGUCCGCUUGUAGCUUCACCAACUCGGACAUGCAGAUCCUGACUUCCAGCGGAGACGGGACGUGCGCAUUAUGGGAUGUCGAGAGUGGGCAAUUACUGCAGAGUUUCCACGGCCACGCGGCGGACGUGCUGUGUCUGGAUUUGGCGCCCUCUGAGACAGGGAACACUUUUGUCUCAGGGGGCUGCGAUAAGAAGGCCAAUGUUUGGGACAUGCGCUCAGGACAGUGUAUCCAGUCUUUUGAAACUCAUGAAUCCGACAUCAAUAGUGUGCGUUACUAUCCCAGUGGAGAUGCAUUUGCGUCUGGCUCAGAUGACGCUACGUGCCGCCUGUAUGACUUAAGAGCGGACAGAGAAGUAGCAAUUUAUUCCAAAGAGAGCAUCAUAUUCGGCGUGUCCAGUGUGGAUUUCUCUCUCAGUGGCCGACUUCUUUUUGGCGGCUACAAUGACUACACCAUUAACGUCUGGGAUGUGCUCAAAGGAACGCGCGUGUCUAUCCUGUUUGGACACGAGAAUCGUGUCAGUACGUUGCGGGUGUCCCCGGAUGGGACGGCCUUCUGCACGGGCUCCUGGGACCACACUCUUCGGAUCUGGGCUUGAAGACUCUGAAGCGGAUGAAAUAAAGUCCCGACAGAACAGAAGCCCCGCAGACACAAAGACCUUUCCGUUUGCUAGCGUACAAUCACAGAAAUGGACACUUGUUUUGUGGUUGUACAUAUCAAAAGCAUUGUUUGUACUUUAGUCUCACAAUCAGGUUAGAUUAACAU